AUGUUACAGAGACGGAGCUUCAUUAAGGCUAAAUACGUUAAUCGGAAAUUCGUCACUUCUACAACACGCGUAUUUCGCACUGAUUCCUCUACAUCGCCUCCAAAUGGCGAAGAACAACAAUAUUCGGGCAUUGAGGAUUCUUUGUCCGAACGCUUUUUGCGCCGGGACCUUCUGCGUGCAGUAAAACAAUGUGAACUGGCCGCAUUGCUACAGGUAAUUUUCGUUUUGUUACCCUACUACCGUUUUCUCGACCUCCAAAAUGUGGUUUUCUUGCGUCAUAAUGACGAUGAUUCUUCCCCAUUCUUGACGUUUUACUAUACUUCAAACCUAGACUAUUCACAAGCCUAUUCUAUGCGGUAUUUGCUAUUUCAAAGGCGGAUUUAUCGCUCCUCUUUGAAAUCAGACUCAUGA